AUGGCCGGCGCAGCGAGCUCUGUGGAUCGCAAGAUGAUCAGGGUCCUCCUCGUGGAGGACGAGGAAAUCCACAGGGUUGUGGCGAGGGCGGUGCUGAAGGCGGCCGGCCGCGGCGUGGAGCUGGAGGAGGCGAAGAACGGCGCGGAGGCGGUGCGGCGCGUGCGUGAAGGGGGCGCCGGCGCGUACGACCUCGUCAUCACCGACGGGCAGAUGCCCGUCAUGGACGGCCACGAGGCGACGAGGCAGAUUCGGGCGCUGGGCGUGACGGCGCCGAUCGUCGGGCUGUCGAGCGACAGCCUUGCGCCCGACGUCGACGCGUUCAUCAAGGCCGGCGCCGACGACUUCGCGCCCAAGCCACUCUCCAAGGAGAAGUUGGACCGCAUUCUCGCCAAAUUUGGGCUUUCUUAG